AGGGUAUUUGUCUUUCAAUAGCUAAAAAAGCCUAUAAAGUAAGAUAUAAUGCAGCAUAACUAGACGUGAAACGGUGUUAUCAGUGAAUGGAUGAAUUAUACCCAUUUCUUCGUGAACUUCUGUAAGAUGGUCUGUGCGAAUGCGGCCGUCACAGACUGUCUGCUGCUCCUGCUGAGAUGCAACCUGGCUGGUUGGUGAGGGGAACACAUACCUUACGUUCUCACGUAAUACAUUUUGAACCUGAACAAAAUGACGACACAUACCAUUCUGCUUGUCCAACCACGUCCAGAUAAAAACUCGCGCACCUACUACGAGCGCAAUACCGUAGCUGCAGCUAUGGAUCAGAUCGCAAACAUCUUUGAACAACAUCUUCAGCAGGAGAACCCUGGUCUCCGGCAGAUUCAAUAUAGCGCGGAUGAUUUAUUCCAAUAUAUCGAUUCACACAAGGAUUUCGUGGCUCUUGUAUUCGAGCCUUCGCAAGGAAGCUAUUUGCCCAAGAAUAAGGAUUGGAUCAAGGAGCGUUUGAUUUCGCAUUUUAGCCGACAGAAUUCCCAACCGCAACAGCAACAACGUGGUCAUAAUCAACAAUAUCACCAACCACGAUCCCAACAUUAUCAUCCUCGAGGAGGCAAUAGACGAUGGUAGCUUUCCCAUCACGUAGUCACAUAUUAUACAAAAUAACAAAAAGCACAGAGAUUAUAUCAUUUUUAUGCAUUGUCGUUCGGGACA